CUCUCUCUCUCCACUCCCCGUUUGUUCCUCGUAUCACCGUCUCCGUAUUGCCUUCGCCUAUGGGGACAGAGGGAGUAAAAAGAGUGAAUGCGCUGUAAUUCUGAUGUGUGUUCUACUGGUGCCAUUAGGCUAAUACCGCCCGCGAGCAUGGCUACCGCGUCGGAAAGUCAGCAGCAGCCGUAGAGACGCUUUCACCGCCGCACCUACCGCGGCGCGGAACCACUCUUUCUUUCAAAUCUUACCAGCUAUGUUCAUUGUCUAUCUGCCUGCGCAGUGCAAUGGAUUUUUACCUAUCUAAUGUCAUAGAGCACAGCCUGCGGUGACUAGUCAGGCAGCAGUACGCGGCACACCAAGGGACUAAUAAAUAAGAUUGGACUAUAUAUAUGAAUUAUAUAGCUGGCGUUAGCUGCAACGACGAAAAACAUCGCGGCAGGAACAAGGCUGGAAUUAUGAAGGUCUGCCACAAUGUCUAAGGCCACAGUGAACAAGCUGCACUGGCGUUCCAAGGUGCAGGAGAGUUUUGUUCCCCUGGGGGGUGGGUCUGGGGAGCUAGGUGUGGCCAUCGGGGGCGGGGCUGACUACGGAGAGUUCCCAUUCGUCACAGCAGCACCGGGAGGCGGGGCCACAGUGGGUGACGUCAUACUGGAGAUCGGGGGUACGCCCGUCCUGGGCAUGACACUAGGAGACGUGAGAGGGGUCCUCAACUCAUGCCCCCAUCCCAUACGCAUUAAAACUGUCUCGCCAGGCUCUACUCUGUGUAAGGACCUGAGGCUGUACCUGAGCAAGUGUUUCACUCCAGGAUCCAUGGACAGCCAACUCCAGCAGGUGAUCAGGGAGAACCUGUACCUCAGAGCAGUCCCCUGUACGACCAGACAGCCUCGCGACGGGGAGAUAUCAGGGGUGGAUUACAACUUCGUCUCCAUAGAAGAGUUCUUUUCCCUGGAAGAGUCUGGAGCCCUGCUGGAGAGUGGCAAGUUCAAAGGAAACUACUACGGGACGCCCCGCCCAGUCCACAUCGGCCCAGAGAGCCCACCAAUCACGUACCAGGAACACCGGAACCUGCUCCGGAACUUCAGGACACGCAGCAAGUCGCUAAGCAACCUAGAGAAGGCUGUAGAGGAGGGGGAGAACAGUGAGGAAGAUUCUGGACUGUCAGGAGGUUCAGUAGGCAUCAGCAGUGCCCCGCCCACAGCGCUAGCUCUCAGCCAAUCCUGGGACUCAAGGGACGGCGUGGGAGAAGAGAAUGGAGGGAGUAGCAUCGCAACACGAGGUGGAGGGGCACUGCCCGAGAAUUGGGAGCUGGCAUUCAGCGACUCAGGAGAGCCUUACUACAUAGAUCACAUCUCUAAGACCACCAGCUGGCUGGACCCCAGAGCUCAAAAUAGGGAGAUCCUCAGCAAAACAGAGUUGCCUGCGUUCACGGACCAGCCGGCAGAGCUGAAGGGCUAUUCCAUCCACACCCGACUCUCUAAAGGGCCGCGAGGGUUCGGCUUCAACAUAGUAGGAGGAAGCAAACAGAGAGAGUUUCUCCAGGUAUACAGCGUUACACCAGGAGGACCACCCGCCCUCAGCACAGCUGAUAUCCUGGUCUACAUCAAUGACAGUUGUGUCCUGGGUCUCUCUCAUAAAGAGGUGGUAGAGAUGUUGAAGUCUGUCCCUAUGGGUCACAGUGUGGACGUUGUGUUACGGAGAGGCUAUCCCAUGCUCUACAACCCAGACGGCUGUCCCAAACAACCCCUGACUCCCUCCGCCUCCUCCUCUCCUCUGGAACCCCUCAGUGCUGCAGCCACCCCUCCCUCCACAGCCACCGCUCAGCCCCUCUCCACCCCCGGUCCUGGCCCUACCGAGCCACCCCAACCUCCCGGCCUGGCUAACCUGAACCGUACCCUGUCUCAUCACAACGGAAACUAUCUCAGAGUGGCGGGAAACUCAGGGUCUGGGCUGGACGCUAACGGGAACGCGGCAGACCUGUUGUCGGCUCCCCCCUCCUACCCGCUGUCUAAUGGAAUCCUUAGCUCUUCCACCAGCUCAGCCUGCGCCCCCUCCUCCUCUCACAGUAGGGGCAUCCCCCCUCCUCCCCCGCCUGAACGAACCUCCGCCUCCGCCAGCCAGAGUGACUCAGAGGAAGGAGCCUCGGGUGGAGCGACACAGAGAUGGUCUCUGAUGCGCUACAACGCGAACUCCCUCCCCACCCCCUCCUCCAUACUCCACCACCAGAGUGACUUCACCACCUCCACCCUGCCCAUCUCCGUCUCCAAUCUGCCCCUGUCCCAGCCGGACGUGUGCACCGCCACCACCCCUGGAGCCCCCUGCCAACGGCCCCCCAUGCCCCAGACCUCCCUCAUGCUCCCCUCGCCCACGGAGGUCCCCCUUUGUGGCUUCAACGGCUGCCCAGCCAACGCCCAACCCCAUGGGAGCCACAGCGCGCCCAGUGAGGGAGUACCUGGUGGGGCUGGAGGAGGGGAGCUGGUCCCUGUGCCCCUGGGGAGGAGUGAGGGGGGUGGGAUGGGGUUCAGUGUGACGGCGGGGGGGCAGGGGGGGCAGCUGGCCCUGGUGAAGAGGGUCUGGGACAGAAGGCAGUGCUCCUCCCUGCAGCCAGGGGAUGCUAUAGUCAAGAUCAAUGGCGCUGACGUGCAGAGUCUCAGCUUCGCUCAGCCCCUCACCUCUCCCCUGGGCCCCUCCUCCUCCCAUGGCCUCCCAUCUGACCUGCCUGCCUCCUCCUCCACCUCAGAUGCCUUGGUGCCCCUGCACCUCCCUCACAUCCCCCAUCUCCCCCCCAGCCACAGUGACCUCUCCCCAGCCUCGCCCUCCACAGAUCUCCCCUCCCUGGUCCAGAGCACAAGCUUUCUGGACUCAGUCCCUGUAACUCUCACCCUGGAACCCAGAGACUGGCUUGGGGUGGAGAACGGUAUUGGGGCCCCGGGUGUGUUGAGGCCCCCUGGAGGUUGGGGAGGAGGAGCAGGACUGGGGGCUGUGGCCAAGGGCCAGGUGGACAGACGAGGGGGAGGGGUCAGGGGACAGGAGGUGGAGCUACGGAGACGGCCGGGGGAGGGGUUCGGCUUCAUCAUCGCCUCAAAGGACCUGGCCAAUGGGGAUCAGUACUCCUACUCUGAGGUGCUUCAUGAAUAUGAGGCCUGGUCGUAA